AUGAGGCUCACUCGUUCCGUUCUCUGGGCCACCUCGCUCAUCCCUUUCGCGAACGCCGACGUGCAGUUUACGAGCGUCACCGGGGGCGAUUCCCUGGCUGUUGGAGCAGGCCCAUCGCCUGUCACCGUCGAAUGGACCGACUCGGGCAGCAAACCUGAGAUCACUCAGCUGCAUAGUUACGUGCUGGAUCUGUGCGCUGGGACCAACGACGACUUUGUGUCUGUAAAAACAAUCACGUCCAAGGGUCUGUUUUGGUUCGGCAACAUGGCCAAGGGCAUAAUAUUGCCGACUGACGGCGGAGACGCGGAGAAUGCAUACUUCUUCCGGAUCAUAUCGUCGACGAAAGACGGCCAGACAUAUGCGAACUAUUCCCCGCGCUUCACGCUCGCCGGCAUGACGGGCAGCUUCCCAGAUACGGUCCGGGAAGCCCUCGCCGCGAACCCCAUAACCGAUACGGAUCCGCCCGUGAUUGCCGUCCCCGACGAGGAUUUUGACACGGAGCUAAAGAAGAGACAAGGCGCUGCGCCGAUUGGGGCGGGCGCGGCGGCUACCGUGACAGCGGCUGGGGGCAGCUACACGAUACCGUACACGAUGCAGACGGGGUUGACCAAAUACGCGCCGAUGCAGCGUGUGCCCAGCUCGAAGAUCACCAAGAGCGACGCAUCCCCGCAGUACCCUACCAGCGCCUAUACCGCGUACACGACAUACGCGAAGAUCCCGACACAGGUGAUGACGGUCACGCAGAGUGGGACGUUCACCAUCAGCAGCAAGGAGGCCACUCAACAGGCUGCUGCGAUGCCUUCGGACGACAUGGCCAGGUUUCUGGCGCGGUGGAAGGACUAA